AUGGUCUCCACUUCAAUCCAAAUAUUAUUACUGUUUUCAUCAAUUUCUGCAGUAUGGUCAGUGAACUGCCGCCAGGAGAAAGAUACUGGAGUAAACUGUGACAAUAACCCAAUCACCAUAAAAUUUUAUUUCGACAUGAGGACAAAUGUCUGUCAACCUCUAUUCUAUCGUGGAUGCGCUGGAAAUGAUAAUCGUUUUGAUUCUCGAGACGAGUGUACUGCAGCUUGCUUAAUGUGUGCAAACUUCCAACCGAUGCCAAAAUCGACACAAAAGCUCAGAAAUGCGACAAUGGAUGCCCAACAGGAUACAGAUGCACAAAGAAAAACUUCUGUUGCCCCUACAAAGAUCAUGUUUGCGCACUUCCAGCAUCUUCCGGAACAGAACGACUUGCAUUUAAACAUUAUGGAAGAUACGCUUAUCAACCUGGCCUUAAAAAUUGUAUACGGUUCUCGUAUUUCGGUCAAGGAGGCAAUUUCAAUAACUUCUUAA